AAUAUUUACACUGAACGGACGGUGUAGUCACCGGGCUCCAAACCCUUCAAUUAAAAUUCAGCCCUAUGGAAAGGCUUUACUCCCCGAACUCGUUUCAAACCAGAGUCGCUAACGGAUACAAGAGCCAAAACCUGCUCAAUGCUAGCACAAUUCCGCUAACGGAGCCGCCGCCGAUCGUUGACAGUUUCAAAUUCUUGGUCAACAAUCUACGAAUCGAUUUGCCGAAGGCUUCUCGAGCUUCUAUCCGGUAUAUCCGUUCAUCUUGAGCUCGGAGUUUGGGGGCAUGACUGUUCUGAGUAAUCGAAUGGUUUUCAGGCGCCAACAAUCGUCUUCGCACCACCCAGGCUCAUAUCAGAAUGGCGCAUCGUGCUCGCUAUGCAAAGAGGCGAGGGAGUGGCUCCGCUCUUCGUUCUGCCGGAGGAUUGUAAUUGAGCGACCAGAUUUUCUCGCCUGUGGCAUUUCAGCGCUCAGCGGAUGACAGAACGUCUCUUGCGAUCACUGGAAGCAGCGCGUACUAGGAAGCAAGAUCCUGGUCCCUGAUGCGCACAAUCGGUGUUUCAGACGAUUUCAAGAUCUGGUGUCGGCGCUCCUCCACCGUCAUGCGCAGCAGUUCUGCACUUUGUCCGCUUCUGGUCCUUGCGCUGCCUGUGAUUGCUCUCAAGCUCGAUCUCAAGCGAGCAGCCACGAGCGGAAUCAACAACAACCUGAUUAACAAGGACAACAUUCGCUACACGACCAACAUUACAAUCGGAGGACGCGUUGUGAAUGUUGUGCUUGACACGGGAAGCACCGAUCUCUGGGUGAUGCCUCCAGACGGCCUCUCGGCAUUCCAGGACACCGGAAUCAGUACCAAGAUCGUGUACGGAAACGGAUACGAUUAUGUCGCGGGGGAUAUUGGCACUGGAGAAUUUCAGCUCGAUAACUACAUCGUCCCCAACCAGGCCUUCUUGAACGUCAACGACGCUUCCACUGCCGAGCAAGGCGACUUCCAACUGGGCAUAUACGGCGUCUGGGGACUUGGUUUCAACACUCCGGGGUCCUCCAGAAUCAAUGACGCGGUCACCCAGGCCUAUGGCUCUUCAGCCACGUGGGGCCAGUCUGCGCUCGCCAACAUCUUUGCCCAAGAUCCGACCAAGGCCGAUUACAUUGCCUUCUCUCUUUCGCGCAAUGGAGACUCCACCGGCUCGGCCGAUGCUUCGUUGGCGAUCGCAGAGUACGACACCCACUAUAAUCAGGUCGCCAACGCACCCAGACUCUCUCAGUCGCCGCCCGGUUCCGGUUCCUGGACUGUCACGCUGGAUUCCAUCUCAGUCGGGGGAAAGAAACUCAACUGGCCGACCACCUUGCAAAAUGUUCCGCGCGGCAAGAAUAUUGUCGCUGUCGACACUGGCACGACCAAUGCGAUGUUGCCUGCAGCGCAGAUCGCGGCUAUCUACGGCUCGAUCCCCAACGCCGUCUUUGCGGCGAACACUCAAUUGCGCAUCCCGCAGACCCAGUACAGCUCGACGACCGGAGUCUGGGUCGUGCCUUGCACUGCGAGCAUUAGCGUCUCGCUCACAUUCGGCGGCCAGACGUUCCCUAUUCAUCCUCUAGACAUGACCGAUAUCCAGAUUGUCGCGUCGCCUGACGGCAAGAGCCAAUACACCGUCUGCAUCGGUUCCUUCACGGAUGUAGGCACGAUAGUGUCCGGUUUCAGCGACGGACUCGUGGGCGACAGCUUCUUGCGCAACGCAUACACUGUAUUCGACUUUGCCACCGGUGGCAAUGUUCCCCCCGGGACUACACCUUUCGUUCAGAUGCUGUCUGUGACAGAUGCCACCAAAGCUCAGGCCGACUAUCUCUCUGUUCGACGAGCUCUUUUGAGCAGCUACCCGCCCGAGCUCAGCCCCGCUCAAUUUGUCCAGAUUUUCGGUUAGAUCUUGGGAAUUCUCUGCCAGUUUUACAAUAGUUCUCCAUCCAGAAUCCUCUUUGCUCUGUAUAAUUGCUGGUAUCUAAUUCUCCUAGUUGAAAUACUUUUAAUGAACUUUCCGUAUGCGAUUACUUUGCCAACUGCUCG